AUGUACUGCCAAGAAUGUGCAGUGACUUGUCAUGGAGAUCACCCAUUGCACCAUGUGAGGGAAUGGAAUGGCAGAUACUUCACAAGCAAAACAUUGAAGGAGUUGGGCUUGAUCAUGCAGUUGGGCCAUCCUAUUGGCAAAAGGUGCUGCAGGCCCUGGUCUUUCCUGAAAGAUGAGUUUGUUGUUAUGCACAGGAACAGGAUUCACAUUGUCAGCCUUACCUUCUGUGGGUGUGAGACCACAGAUUCAUAUACACAACAAUUGCUGUGCAUUCACUGGCUCCCUGCACCUUCCAAUAAGCCCCACACUGCAGCAAUCACCUUGUCACAUCAUUCAGAUAAUACUGGAUUAAAUCCACCUACGGCUCGUUACAAACAGUUUUUGAGAAUGGUCCAUCAAUGGCACCACCUCAAGAUGUUCAAACAUUCAGGACAAGGACAUGAUCCUGCUGGUGUUUUGAAUACAAAAGAAGGUGAAUGUGCAGUGUUAUGUCCAGUGUGCCCUCAACCCAGGAAGAACAUGAUGGGGUCACCAGAAAGAGAUGUUGAUGCACUUUUUGUCACUCUUGAUGCCAACUUUUGCCUCAGACAUCAUGCAGUCUCAAAUAAUGAGAACAAUCUGAGCCUCAGUCAGGGCUGGGUGUAUUUUCACAUGCUCAAAUCACACAAUGCGACUGGCAUUGGCAUGGUUGUUUGUGCCAGGCAUGGCAUGAGGCUCCCAAAUGGGAUAGUUGACCUACAAUAUGGUGAAAGAUAUGUGAAUAUGGACUAUGCAUUUGCAUCUGCACUACACCACUCAGAUGUGACUGUCCUCAAAGUUUUGUACAACAUUGCCUGCCAGUGGCACAAGAAGUUAUAUCAGCAGAUGGACCAGAUGCCACCUUCUUUACAGUCAAACUUAUGUGACCAGGCUGUUACAUUUCUCAUACCCAAGUUUCACCUUCCUGCCCACAUCGCCUCAUGCCAAUGGUCCUUCUCCUUCAAUUGGACCAAGGGUGUUGGUCAGACAGAUGGCGAAGAACCUGAGCAUGGAUGGGCAAACCUUAACCCUGCUGCUUCAAGCAUGAAGACCAUGGGCCCUGGUCAUUGUCAAGACACACUGGAUGACUACUUUGGUGACUGGAACUGGAAAAAGCUUAUUGGACUGGGUGCUUCUCUUCUUAGGAAGGUAAAGGAGGCCAUCCCUGAGUGCAAUGAUCAUCAACGUGACUUUGAAGAAUUAACAUGGUCACUCAAGCUCAAGUUUCCUGAGCAACUCACUCUAUGGAAGCAGCAGGUAGAGGACUGGGAAGCCGACUCAACCAAGCCUAAUCCAUUUGAAGUCAAGAAUGACAGUAUCACACAAGCUAGUAUCUGCUUACAAUUGGCAAAGGAUGAGGCUGAUGCACUUGUAGGAGGGAGUGAGCUCCUACUACAUCCAGAUGUAACCCCGAGCAUUCUCAUUGGUGCUGGGAUUGACCUAGAGGAUCAGCACAAUGCACUGGUGAGGCAAAUUGAGGCAUGGCAAAAACUUCAAGUCCUGUUUAUUGCUAGUGUAAGUGCCCUCCAGGAUGAGUGGCCAGAGUUUGCCAUUAGUGGCAAAGUCACAUGUCCACCGAAAUUGGCAAUGAUUGAACUUCAACUCAGGGAGGGUCAAGUGCAUGAUGCAUUGAAUGAUCUGCACCAGGGUCUUCGAUCUCAUGCAUACAUGCUCAAAUUCAAGGAUCAUUUUUUAUGUGCCCUAUAUACCAAGAUAAAUACUGCUGCUACAAGGUAUUGUGUAGCAUAUCAAGCAUUAACCAUUCUUGCCCCCUGGUUGGACAAGUUGGACAAGGACAUUAGUGCACUCACAGAUGCUUAUGACCUCCAGCCUGGAGAGGGAUGGCACCAUGUUUCUUGGAUUUGGUGUGCUAAUCUUAACUCCAUAUUAGCCAUCCAUGUGGAGUGGUGCAAAGCACAUGCAUGCACACACCACUGGGAAGAGGAGGUUAGGCUACUAUUUGAAGAAAAGCAACAUACAUUACAGUUUCUUGAGUGGCAUGCAAAUUGGUGGAUGGGCUGUGCUAGUGCCAUUGCAACAGGUGACAAAGCUCUCUCCAAUGGGUGUCAUGCAUAUGCUGAGCAUCAGGCAGAACUUCAGCAUCAGCUCACAAGGUCAUUUGCUGAUAUGUGGAAGGACACACAGUGUUUCUUGGAUGUUGCCAAUGCUUAUAGUUGCCAUAGUGCCAUAGGGUAG